AUGUCCUCUCCCACUAGUAUGCAAUACGUGCGCCUCGGACAGUCUGGCUUGAAGGUGUCCAAGAUCAUCUUAGGAUGCAUGACCUACGGCAGUCCAGAAUGGCUGAAGUGGGUUCUUGGUAAGGAGGAGGGGAUCGCGCAUAUCAACGCUGCGUACGAUGCCGGAAUCAACGCUUUCGAUACCGCCAAUGUGUACUCGAAUGGGUUAUCUGAAAUUAUCCUGGGAGAGGCUAUCAAGAAACAUAACCUUCCUCGCGACAAAAUUGUCGUCUUGACCAAGGUGUACGGAGUCGUUGGCAAUGAACCUUCCAGUCAGCUCUUUGGGGAUCCCAAAUCCGAUUCCGUAGGUUAUGUUAAUCAGCACGGGCUUAGCCGUAAGCACAUCUUCGAUUCUGUGAAACAUAGCCUGGAAAGACUCCAGCUCGACUAUAUCGACGUCCUUCAGUGUCAUAGAUUUGAUUACGAUACUCCCAUUUCAGAAACAAUGAAAGCCUUGCAUGAUGUCGUUCAGGCAGGCUAUGUUCGUUACAUCGGAAUGUCGUCCUGCUACGCCUAUCAAUUCCACGCAAUGCAAAACUACGCAAUUCAAAACAAUCUGACGCCCUUCAUCUCGAUGCAAAACCACUACAAUCUCAUCUACCGAGAGGAGGAACGGGAAAUGUUCCCCACCUUGAAGAUAUUCGGCGUCGGUUCCAUCCCAUGGUCGCCUCUCGGCCGAGGAAAAUUAGCAAGGCCGUUCGCCAAGGAAGGCGACACAAAACGUGGCGAGACUGAUCCGGCCAUGUCACGAUACAAAGGAAACGAGGCUGCUGAAGCCAUCAUUACUAGGGUGGAAGAGCUCGCAAAGAAGAAAGGACUGACCAUGGCCCAGCUGUCGAUCGCGUGGAUCCUCAGCAAGGAAGGUGUCACUGCACCUAUUGUUGGGACAACUUCGAUCGAUAAUUUGAAGGAGCUGAUCGGUGAGAUUCUCUCCCUUGACGAGGAUGGCAAAGUAAUGAACGGUUUCUUAUCAGAGGCGACGAAGGUUGAGCUUACGCCGGAGGAUGUCAAGUUUUUGGAAGAGGAAUAUAGGCCGGUGGUGAUUUCGGGACAUUCGUAG